AGAUGGGUCUGGUACAGUGGUUGAAGGGCCAGUUCUUGUGUCAUCUGGUCAUCUGCUAUGGGUUCUUGGUCAGCGGUCUCCUGGUCAACCUAUUACAGAUCUGCACUCUGCCCCUCUGGCCAAUCAACAAGCAGCUGGCCAGGAGGAUCAACUGUAAACUGGGAUACUGCCUCACCAGCCGUGAGUAGGAUCUAUUCUACUGUUCUUUACUUCUACUGCAGGCCUUCUCUUGGCCUGAAAUACAAACCGAAUAUCACUCUCUUUCACUAUUGUUUCACUUCAGUGAUUAAAGGGACAAGCUCAGACAUGAGACGUAUGUGUCAGGGACUCCAGACAAUCACAGAUUAUAAAGGGAAAGCCAGCCACAUUGCGGACAUCGACGCCUUGCUCCCGGACAAGCUAAACACCGUCUUCGGGCCACCACCGCUCAUGAGGACAGUGAGCUCUCGUUCUCGCCCUAUCCCAUCUGGACAAGAGGAAUACCUAUGUAAGAAUGCUGUUCAUCGACUUCAGCUCAGCCUUCAACACAAUAUUGCCCUCCAAGCUCAUCACUAAGCUUGAGGCCCUGGGUCUGAACCCCGCCCUGUGCAACUGGGUCCUGGACUUCCUGACGGGCCAACCCCAGGUGGUGAAGGUAGGCAACAACACACUGAUCCUCAACACGUGGGCCCCACAAGUGUACGUGCUCAGCCCCCUCCUGUACGCCCUGUUCAUCCAUGACUGCGUGGCCAUGCACGUCUCCAACUCAAUCAUCAAGUUUGCUGACGACACAACAGUGGUAGGCCUUAUUACCAACAACAACAAGACAGUCUACAGGGAGGAAGUGAGGGCCCUGGCAGAGUGGUGCCAGGAGAAUAACCUCUCACUCAACACCAACAAAAUGAAGGAGCUGAUCGUGGACUUCAGGAGACAGCAGAGAGAGCUUGAAAUGGUCCAUCCACUCAGGAGGGUGAAGAAAUGUGGCUUAGCCCUUUAAGACCCUCAGGAAAUUCUGUAGAUGCACCAUUGAGAGCAUCCUGUCAGGCUGUAUCAACGCCUGGUACGGUGUGGUACGGCAAUUACACCGUCCGCAACCGCAGGGCUCUCCAAAGGGUGGUGCGGUCAGCCCAACGCAUCACAGUGAGCACACUAUCUGCCCUCCAGGACAUCUACAGCACCCGGUGUCACAGGAAGGCCAAGAAGAUAAUCAAGGACCUCAGCCACCCAAGCCACAGCCUGUUCACCCCGCUACCAUCUAGAAGGCAGAGACCGUACAUAUGCAUCAAAGCUGGGACAGAGAGACUGAAAAAUCAGCUUCUAAUUCCAGGUCAUCAGGCUGUUAAAUAGUCACCACUAGCCGGCCUCCGCCCAGUACCCUGCCCUGAACUUAGUCACUGUUCCUAGCUGGCUACCACCCAGUUCUCUACCCUGCACCUUAGAGACUGCUGCCUUAUGUACAUAGUCAUUGAACACUGAUCACUUUAAUAAUGUUUACAUACUGUUUUACCCAUUUCAUAUGUACAGUUGAAGUCGGAAGUUUACAUACACUUAGGUUGGAGUCAUUAACUUGUUUUUCAACCAUUUCUUGUUAACAAACUAUAGUUUUGGCAAGUCGGUUAGGACAUCUACAUUGUGCAUGACACAAGUACAUUUUCCAACAAUUGUUUACAGACAGAUUAUUUCACUUAUAAUUAACUGUAUCACAAUUCCAGUGGGUCAGAAGUUUACAUACACUAAGUUGACUGUGCCUUUAAACAGCUUGGAAAAUUCCUGAAAAUGAUGUCAUGGCUUUAGAAGCUUCUGAUAGGCUAAUUGACAUAAUUUGAGUCAAUUGGAGGUGUACCUGUGGAUGUAUUUCAAGGCCUACCUUCAAACUCAGUGCCUCUUUGCUUGACAUCAUGGGAAAAUCAAAAUAAAUCAGCCAAGACCUCAGAAAUAAAAUUGUAGACCUCCACAAGUCUGGUUCAUCCUUGGGAGCAAUUUCCAAACGCCUGAAGGUACCAUGUUCAUCUGUACAAACAAUGGUACGCAAGUAUAAACACCAUGGGACCACGCAGCCGUCAUACCACUCAGGAAGGAGACGCGUUCUGUCUCCUAGAGAUUAACGUACUUUUUGUGCGAAAUGUGCAAAUCAAUCCCAGAACAACAGCAAAGGACCGUGUGAAGAUGCUGGAGGAAACAGGUACAAAAGUAUCUAUAUCCACAGUAAAACGAGUCCUAUAUCGACAUAACCUGAAAGGCCGCUCAGCAAGGAAGAAGCCACUGCUCCUAAACCGCCAUAAAAAAAAGCCAGACUACGGUUUGCAAGUGCACAUGGGGACAAAGAUUGUACUUUUUGGAGAAAUGACCUCUGGUCUGAUGAAACAAAAAUAGAACUGUUUGGCCAUAAUGACCAUCGUUAUGUUUGGAGGUAAAAGGGGGUUGCUUGCAAGCCGAAGAACACCAUCCCAACCGUGAAGCACGGGGGUGGCAGCAUCAUGCUGUGGGGGUGCUUUGCUGCAGGAGGGACUGGUGCACUUCACAAAAUAGAUGGCAUCAUGAGGAAGGAAAAUUAUGUGGAUAUAUUGAAGCAACAUCUCAAGACAUCAGUCAGGAAGUUAAAGCUUGGUCGCAAAUGGGACUUCCAUAUGGACAAUGACCCCAAGCAUACUUCCAAAGUUGUGGCAAAAUGGCUUAAGGACAACAAAGUCAUGGUAUUGGAGUGGCCAUUACAAAGCCCUGACCUCAAUCCUAUAGAACAUUUGUGGGCAGAACUGAAAAAGCAUGUGCGAGCAAGGAGGUCUACAAACCUGACUCAGUUACACCAGCUCUGUCAGGGUGAAUGGGCCAAAAUUCAACCAACUUAUUGUGGGAAGCUUGUGGAAGGCUACCCGAAACGUUUGACCCAAGUUAAACAAUUUAAAGAUAAUGCUACCAAAUACUAAUUGAGCGUAUGUAAACUUCUGACCCACUGGGAAUGUGAUGAAAUAAAUAAAAGCUGAAAAAUCAUUCUCUCUACUAUUAUUCUGACAUUUCACAUUCUUAAAAUAAAGUGGUGAUCCUAACUGACCUAAGACAGGGAAUUUUUACUAGGAUUAAAUGUCGGGAAUUGUGAAAAACUGAGUUUAAAUGUAUUUGGGUAAGGUGUAUGUGAACUACCUACUUCAACUGUAUAUACUGUAUUCUAGUCAAGGAUUAUCCUAUAUAACAACUGCUGUACACAUACUAUACACACAUCCAUCUAUCCAUCCAUCCAUCCAUCCCGGACUCUGACAUUGCUCGUUCGUUCUAAUAUUUCUUAAUUAAUUAACAUUUUGGGGAUUUGUGUGUAUUGUUAGGUAUUACUGCACUGUUGGAGCUAGAAACAUAAGCAUUUCGCUACACCUGCGAUAACCUCUGCAAAAUCUGUGUACGUGACCAAUAAAAUGUGAUUGAAUUUGAUAUGCAGUUCAAACAAAAACAAAGCGGAUUCCCCGCCACUGUUUUGGUAAAAAGCUGAGGGUUGGCAGUUCAUGACCAUCAAUGAGAUCAAAAUGAUAGUUUUAACCAUGUUUUGAGGAUAUACAGUGUUUGUUUCCAAUUGCAUUAUUUACAAACAACAGAGUAAAAAAAGCUUAUAUUUUGGAUAUUGAUGGGGAUCGACAGUUGAUCUAAGCUCAUGAGGUAUUUAUGUUAUAUUCUUCAAGAAUCAAUGGGUAUAUAUCACCCAUUUAAAAGAAAAAAAAUGUAUGUACCAAUCGCAGAUUGCCCCUUUAAGUGCACUGACGCUGCAGGAGGGCUAUCCUCUCUCAAACGUUGUGCAAUAACUGCAAUGCAAAGUUACUGUACCUGCUGACACAGUGUUAUAUUAUUUACGCUUUACUCUGUUAUGUUAUGCUAUGUGUGUUCCCCAGAAUCUGUGGCUCUCCUAGAGUGGUGGUCUGGCACUGAAGUUGUGCUCUACACAGACCCAGAGAACUACCGACUCUACGGCAAAGAGAACGCCAUCGUCGUCCUCAACCACAACUUUGAAAUAGACUUUCUGUGUGGCUGGACCUUCUGUGACAUAUUUGGGGUCCUUGGGGUAAGAGAACAGGGCUCUUUCUCGAUGAAUCUGUCUUAGAUUCCUUGCAUCCUCUCUCCUUGCCUCCUUCUCACCUUGGACCUUCUCCUUCAAUACCGUGAAGGAGGAGGCAAAGAAGGUGGGAAGUAAUGAAUUGCAGAAAGAUUAAUUGAGAAAAGACCCAGAUUUUCAGAAGUUCUUUGAUGCCCUCUGUACUCAAACACAUUAACAAUCUUUCCCUUUCCAGGCCUCCAAAUGUUUAGCCAAGAAAGAGUUGUCGUACCUGCCUGUGAUUGGCUGGAUGUGGUACUUCCUGGAGAUGGUGUUUAUUAAGAGGAAGUGGGAGGAAGAUAAGAGGAACUUUGUCCAGAGUCUUCAGAAUUUACGGGAUUACCCUGAGAACUUCUGGGUGAGCCAUCAAUCAACCAACCAACCAAUCAAUCAACCAGUAAAGUAAUCAAUCAGUAAUGACACUUAAUACUAAAAAGUUGAUUAAGACAUGUAUAGUUCAUGAGAGGAUGUGAUGGAUGUGGCAUCUUUUUAAACUCCUUAUUCCAGAUUUCUUCACAACUAAACAUGAGUAUGCAGUUUGGUUGUUCAUCUAAUACCAUCAAUAUUAUGUCACAAGUCUAGGAAGGAUAACAAUGUGCGAAUAUAAUGAGACUCACCUUGUAAACAUGAGCAUACAGGUUGGUUGGUCAAUCUAAACAGAGUUUUGAUGCUACAGUGAAUCUCUAAUUGUGUGCCAGUUCUUGCUCCACUGUGAGGGAACACGCUUCACAGAGGAGAAGCAUCAGGUCAGCAUGGAGGUGGCAGAGAAGAAAGGCCUGCCCAAACUCAAACACCACCUCCUGCCCAGGACCAAGGGCUUCUGGGUAGCCGUUCAGAACCUCAGAGGGACAGGUGUGGAACCGUGGAGAGCUCCAGGAUGUCAAACACAUGAGCAGGGUUGGGGAGUGACUGAUUACAUGUCAUCUGAUUACAUAAAAACUGUAACUGUAAUCAGUUAGGUUUCCAACAAAAAUAUUGUAAUCAGAUUACAGAUACUUUUGAAAAACUAGAUGAUUAUUUUUAAAUUCAGAAAGGAUGUUUGCGAGAAAAUACAUUGACACCUUUGUUUUCUCAGUUUAACUUUGUUCCACCUGUGGAAUGUGUUUAUGUCUUCUUCGAAUGCCUCUUAAGGGGAAAGUAAUCCAAAAGUAACAAAGUAAUCAGAUUGUUACUGAGUUUGGGUAAUAAAAAGGUUACGUUACUGAUUGCAAUUUUGGACAGGUAACUAAUAACUGUAACGGAUAAAAUUUAGAAAGAAACCUACUCAACACUACAGAAGAGUAUUAGGGCCAAGUGAAGAGAAAAAAUAAAUAGGUGCUGGGUGGUGGUACUUGGAUAUUUUUUUUGCACAGAUAGGACUUUAAAGACUUUAAAUACUUUGACAAUUAAGUUGAAAUACAUUUUCGGGAAUAUUCCAAAUAUAAAUUUCAUGAAUAAAGUGGCAAUAUUUCGAGAAUAAAGUCGCAGUUGUACUUCAAGAUGAAAGUAGGGGAUUUGGUUAUUAAUUGCAUGCCUCCCUGGCUCCCUGUUGCUGUGCACGCCACCAUUGAAAUGCCUGAGUUAGAGGACUGGUAAAACUAUACUUUAGAAUUGGCUUUAGUAACAAGCAAAUCCUUGCUCUUUUAGAACAUAAUAACCAAAUUAUUAAGUAUUACAUUAAGUAUUAGGACCUAGAAGAGGUUGUGCCAUGGUGGUGUGCACAGCAACAGGGAGCCAGACAGACAUGCAGUUAACCAAAUCCCCUACUUUAAUCUUAAAAUAUAACAGCAACAUUAUUCUCAAUGUCGACUUUCUAAAAAAAUAUAUGGACUAUAAAAAAUAAAUGGACUUUAUUCUUGAAAUAUUGCGACUUUAUUCUCUAAAUUUAAUUUCUACUUUAUUCUCUAAAUAUUGCCACUUAUUUAAAGUGCUAUUUUUUAAAAAUCCAAUUACCACCACCAGCUAUUUUCUUUUCUUCACUUGGCCCUAAUAUGGGGGCGGCAGGUAGCCUAGCGGUUAAGAGCGUUGGGCUAGUAACCGAAAGGUUGCUGGUUUGAAUCCCAGAGCCAGCAAGGUGGGAAAAUCUGAUGUUCUACCCUUGAACAAGGCAGUUAACCCCCAGCAACAACUGCUCCCCGGGUGCCGAUGACGUGGACAUCGAUUCAAGGCAGCCCCCCACACCUCUCUGAUUCAGAGGAGUUGGGUUAAAUGCGGAAGACACACUUUGGUUGAAUGCAUUCAGUUGUGCAACUGACUAGGUAUCCCCUUCCCCUUAAUACUCUUCCGUACAACCCUGCUCAUGAGUGAAUAUCUAAGUAUUAUUUUUUUAUAUUUUGGAUGAAGACUGGUGCCAUUGAAUUUUUUGUUUUUCUCUGUUACCCCUUUAGUUGCUGCCGUGUACUGUUGUACACUAAAUUUCAGAAACAACGAAACUCCAACCUUGUUAGGAGUUCUCAAUGGGGAGAAGUAUCAUCCAGAUUUAUAUGUAAGGUAUGUAUGGAUAAUAGGAAUACAUUUUAAGCCUGCAUUUUCUAUCGCAAGUUGGGCAAGUGCUAUGAGUGGGACCUGGAAGGGUCAUUGGUUAGAGGCAUACCUCACUGAUCUCAAGGCCCAUAUAUUGUCUUAAUCAAAUCAAAUUUGUAUUUGUCACAUGCGCCGAAUACAACAGGUGUAGACCUUACAGUGAAAUGCAAAUAGUCCAGGUAGCCAUUUGAUUAGCUGUUCAGGAGUCUUAUGGCUUGGGGGAUAGAAGCUGUUAAGAAGCCUUUUGGACCUAGACUUGGCGCUCCGGUACUGCUUGCCGUGCGGUAGCAGAGAGAACAGUCUAUGACUAGGGUGGCUCGAGUCUUUGACAAUUUUGAGGGCCUUCCUCUGACACCGCCUGGUAUAGAGGUCCUGGAUGGCAGGAAGCUUGGCCCCAGUGAUGUACUGGGCCGUAUGCACUACCCUCUGUAGUGCCUUGCGGUCGGAGGCCGAGCAGUUGCCUUACCAGGCAGUUAUGCAACCAGUCAGGAUGCUCUCGAUGGUGGAGCUGUAGAACUAUUUGAGGAUCUGAGGACACAUGCCAAAUUUUUCAGUCUCCUGAGGGGGAAUAGGCUUUGUCGUGCCCUCUUCACGACUGUCUUGGACUGUUUUCUUUUUACUGGACCAUAAAGUUCUAUUGAAUUGAAUUGAAUUUAAUUUAAUUGGACAGCUAAAAUAAAUGUGUUCCCUUCUACCUUCCUAUCUCUAGGAGAAUCCCUCUGGAGUCCAUACCAGAGGAUGAGGCUGAGUGUUCUGCCUGGCUUCACAAACUCUACCAGGAGAAGGUGGUGUUCUUAUUGGGGAGCGGGAUCACAAUUCAUUAUGGGCCAGAUUUACUAACUAAGAAUUUGCACAAGGUGCAGUUUGCAUCUAUUUGUUCAGUAAGGGAUACAACACAAAGGACAAAGCUAAAACUCUCUUCAUUUACACGUUAUCUUAAUGUCAGUACCUACUCUUCACCCUGACAUUAUAACUUUAUUCUGCCCCCAAUUUUUUAUUCACAAACAUUGCACCAAAUACUUUCUUCGAUCACUUGCACAAUCCGACCAAUAUGUACAGUUAUGAUCUUUGGCUCAAUUAUGGGCAAAUGAUUUGAUCUGAUUGGUCAAAAGACCAAUAAUUGGGCAAAAGAUCAGAAUUGGGCUGCCUUUGUAAAUGCAGCUAUAGUCCUAUUCACAGCACUCAUGCACUGAACAGGUUUGACACUGCAGUUGUCUGCAUUGAGUGCUUGUGAUCAUUCUACAUGAACAAGAAGUUCCUAUCAAACAAGACUAUUGGAACCAAUACAGUUUAUGUCCUGGUUCUAGUGUGAGUAGGUAGUCAACCUUUAUGGAUAGUGGUGGCAGGCCUACAUGUCUCCUUUUAGAUCAGUACAGUCUAUCCUUUGUAGACCUCAGACUUCUAUUCAGCGGUGACGUAGGGAGAGAGAGAUGAAGAAGUGGAAUGAAAGGAGAGCUUUAUUUUUGAACAGAAAGCUCUUUAGAGGACAGUAAGCGCCAAGAACAAAGCCAAAACUCUCCAUUUAUACUUUAUCUUAAUGUCAGUACCUACUCUUCACCCUUACAUUAUAACUUUAUUCUGUCCCCAAUGUUUAAUUCACAAAUAUUGCACCAAACACUUUCUUCGAACACUUGCACAAUACGACCCAUAUGUACAGUAACUGAUGUAAAAUGGCCCAGGUUAGAUUAAAUUAGAUAAUACUUCAUUGCACUGCAUUAAAAGAGAUCCACUACAAAAAUAAAUACAUUAUAUAGACAACAUCAGAGACAUAAAAUACUGAUAACUGAUGUGGUCAUGUAUCGUUUUUCCAGGACAAGUUCCAGGAGGACUACAGCCAGACGGGGUGUUUCCCAGGCCCCAAAGUUACUCCACCACGCAGGUCCUGGGCCCUGAUCAACUGGCUGGGCUGGACCUGCCUUCUCCUAUACCCCCUCUGCCUCCUCCUGGUCCAGCUGGUCAAGUCUGGGUCUAUUCUCACCAUCCUAGCCACCGUUGGUUUCUGUGCUGCAGGUGGGUGUUAUUGGUAUAUUUUAUCAACUGGUAGCCCCUGAGCCAAAUCUGGCCCUCGAGACAAAUGUGUUGCAAAAGUCACCUUCAACCAGGAUAACUUUGUGACUAAUAACUUUGGCGAUAAGGGUCUCGAUUCAACCCGUAGCGGGGAAGACCUGCGUUGUAGUGCGGUUUACAUUUUAAAGGUAAUUUACCAGUGGUGGAUAAAGUACCCAGUUAUCCUUUUUUGUUUUACCCCCAAUUUCAUGAUAUCCAAUUGGUAGUUAGUCUUGUCCCAUCGCUGCAACUCCCGUACGGACUGGGGAGAGGCGAAGGUCGAGAGCCAUGCGUCCUCGGAAACAUGACCCUGCCAAGCCACACUGAUUCUUGACACACUGCUCGCUUAACCUGGAAGCCAGCCAAACCAAUGUGUUGAAGGAAACACCAUCCAACUGGCGACCGUGUCAGCGUGGGGCACGCUCCAACACUCAGACGUCCUUUACAAAUGAAGUAUGUGUUUAGUGAGUCCACCAGAUCAGAGGCAGUAGGGAUGCUCUCUUGAUAAGUGUGUGAAUUAGACCAUUUUCCAGUCCUGCUAAGCAUUCAAAAUGUAUAGAGUACUUUUGGUUGUCAGGGAAAAUGUAUGGAGUAAAAAGCACAUUUUAUUUAGGAAUGUAGUAAAGUAAAAGUUGUCAAUAAUAUAAAUAGUAAAGUACAGGUACCACAAACUACUUAAGUACUGUAAUUUAUGAUUGAACCAACAUGUGCAGCAUUUACCUUUUUAAUGCAGUUUCAGAGAACGCGGUCACAUUGCCUUUAAAAUGUCAAUCGCGCUACAAUACAGAUCUUCUGUGCUACGGAUUGAAUCGAGCCCAAGGUGCAUUUAUUUGUACAUUCUCCCUAAUCUUAGCCACUAUUAACCAUCUAAUCUUUGUCCAAAUAUUUUGAAAUGCAGUAGCCAAGUCUGAUAUUGAUCAACAGCUUGUUCCUUACUCUUGGAAAGUACUAAAUUAUAAUACUGCAUGCCUUGUCAUCGCAUGUCUGUAAAAGCAUUGGUACUAGCCCUUAUCGCUUACAUGACAGUAUUGGGCCUUCCAUUACAUAAUCAUGUUUGCACUAAUCAUUCCAUUGAGAAACAUGUUGGUCAAACAUCUACACUGGAUGCUGUAACCACAGAUGUCAUACGACCCUCAGCAUACAGUAUGUUCAAGUCUCUUUCCUUUCUAUUCAAUUCUCAGUGUCAGUUGGUGUGCGCUGGAUGAUUGGACAGACUGAGAUUAAGAGAAGCUCCAGCUAUGGGGUCCCGCUGAACAACAAAUGAGGGGGAUGACCUUUUUACAACUUCAACUAAGUUCAAUUUACAAUAGCAAGAUCCUUGACAGCACCAAAGGACCACUCACAUUACUAAUCUGAUAACUACAGCGCAGAUCACCUCAAGCAGUUAAGAAUCGAUUCCAAAUAAAUAAUUGGUAUUAGUAUUGAAGUCAACUCAAGCAGGACAAGACAGGGUUGACUGCUGCUUUAGUCUUGGGAAUGUACUGAAUGUAUACAAAGCACACAGCGUUCAGGGUAUGCAUCCCGCAUCUGUUGUACAUCAAGAUGUAUGACUGGAAAAUUGGCACGGUUGUGACUUUG